AUGGCGGGAGCGCGUGAACAACUGAAGCAAAUUGCGGAGACGGCUUCGUUGGAGCACCUCCAGCAGCUGCUGGCAUAUGCUGUGGAACUCGGUAUUCGGGCAGACCAGGGGGCAGACGAAGGUCAGCCAGUUGUGGAUAUUCGAGUUCUCUACCCGUCUGGUGAAGUGGCCUUGAAUGAGCCACUUCCUGGCAGAAUGACGGUCGGUGCUGUGUUGCUGCGCUUGGGCACCCAGGGCGAGGCACCAGGAAGAAUGUCCUUGCUUCUUGGGACUAAUGUGCUGAGGCGAGAUUCAAGGCUUUCGGACUUGAACCUCACCGCUCAGGAUUGCUUUUACCUUGUCAGGAGAGCUACAGGCACAUACAUGCAAUGGAACCCAUCUGCGCUCACAGGUGCCUACCUAUCGGAGGAUCCGCGCCCGGAAGCGCAGUAUGACCACCUCGCAAAGUGUGUCAUUUUGGGUGCGGCAGGCGUGGGAAAGACAGCACUGCUGCGUUCAUUGUGCAGUGAGGCAUUCUCAGACCACAUCCAACCUACGAUCGGCAUCGACUUCAAGAUUCUCAACCUGAAAUCUGAGGAUGGAAUCAAGUUGAAAGUGCAGCUCUGGGACACCGCAGGGCAACCCCGAUUCCGACCCAUUGCGAAGAGCUACAUGCGUGGUGCAAGUGGCUUCCUCGCCGUGUUCUCUCUCUGCAAUCGCCAUUCGCUGCAAGAUCUUUUUGAGCUUCUCGAGUCUGCAGAGGCAAACAAUCACGAGGCGUGCCGCUGCAUCUGCCUGGUCGGAACACACGCAGACAGUCCCAAUCCGGCAGUGACAGAAGAAGAGAUCCUCCAGUUCGCGAGGGAUAAGAACUAUCAGUACUUUGCAGUGUCAAACAAGACGGGGCAAGGUAUUGAUCAGCCUUUCUCUGCUUGGCUGGAUUCCUACCUUCAGGUGGUGGCUCACUAG